AGAGAUCUUGAUGCAGCUGCCAUUUUGGAUUUCUUUUUAAUAAUGUGUGACCCUUCACCUUUGAUCCCCUGACCUGCAUUAUCUUGCUAAGAAUUCUUUGAAAGUUUGCAGCAGAUUUUUGAGUAUUUCCAAACGCUUGGAAGCAGCCGAGUCGUCCGUUUUGGUAGAUGAUGGGAUCUUCGACCCAUUCUUAGCCGCAAUAAGUGCAUGUACGUUUGUAGACAACUGAGAACCGCAAUGUUGUGUUGAAGGCUUUGAAAAGGCCUCUAGGGAGAUCACAGAACAUAGAAGAACAGAGCUGGAUGGGACCUUGGAGGUCUUCUAGUCCAACCCACUGCUCCAGCAAGAGACCCGUUGCAGGCAAAUGGUUGUCCUGUCUCUUCUUGAGGACCUCCGGUGACGGAGCACCCAAAACCUCUGCGGUCCUUGGUACUCUCUGAGCUUGGUGACUUUCUUGUGGACGUUUCAUGGCCCAACUAGGAAAUCGCUGCCUACCUAAUAACAUUCGAAAAGCAUGAAGAAUGGCUAACAACUUCCCCUAAGACCAGGCCCCAAAAUGGUUCUAUGAUCCUCUACAACAGGAAGAAGGUGAAAUACCGCAAAGAUGGAUAUUGCUGGAAAAAACGGAAAGACGGCAAGACCACCAGGGAAGACCACAUGAAGCUGAAGGUUCAAGGCGUGGAGUGUCUCUACGGCUGCUACGUCCACUCGUCAAUCAUCCCCACGUUCCACCGAAGGUGCUACUGGCUGCUUCAGAAUCCAGAUAUCGUGCUGGUGCACUACCUGAAUGUCCCCGCCAUCGAAGACUGCGGGAAGCCGUGUGGUCCCAUCCUCUGCUCCAUCAACACGGACAAGAAGGAGUGGGCGAAAUGGACCAAGGAAGAGCUGAUUGGCCAACUGAAGCCCAUGUUUCAUGGCAUCAAAUGGACAUGCAGCAAUGGGAACAGCAGCUCCGGCUUUUCAGUCGAACAGCUGGUGCAACAGAUCCUGGACAGCCACCAAACGAAGCCGCAACCUCGGACGCACAAUUGCCUCUGCACCGGCAACCUGGGGGCCGGGAGCAGCGUGCAUCAUAAGUGCAACAGUGCCAAACACCGCAUCAUCUCCCCCAAGGUCGAGCCGCGGUCAGGGGGCUACAGUGCCCACUCGGAGGUGCAGAACAAUGACGUCUCGGAGGGCAAGAACGAGCACAGCCACAGCAAAUCCUGCAACCGGGAGAAAAGGAACGGCAAAGUGGCCAAACCAGCCCUCCUGCACCAGAACAGCACCGAAGUCUCCUCUACCAAUCAAGUGGAAGUUCCAGACACGACCCAAAACUCUCCGGUCAGCAUCAGUAGCGGGUUGAAUAGCGACCCAGACGUAGCAGACAGUCCAGCGGUCACAGGCGUCUCCAGCAUGGCGGUGGCUUCGGUGAUGGGCAACUUGUCCCAAAACACCACCGUUUUCAUGUCCGACAUUAGCAGCGAGGCCGUCUACACAAUGUCCCCCACCGCUGGGCCGAAUCAACACCUUCUCUCCUCCGACGCGGCCGCCCAAGGGCUGGUGCUGGCGGUCAGUUCCGACGGCCACAAGUUCGCCUUCCCCACCGCCAGUAGCUCCGACGGCCUCUCCAUGUUGCCCGCCAGCGUCUCCGAAGAACUCGUGCUGUCCACCACGCUCGAGACCAACAGGAAGAUGCCAGAAACCACCAUGAACUUUGACCCGGAUUGCUUCCUGAACAACCCCAAGCAAGGGCAGACGUACGGAGGAGGAGGACCCAAAGGAGAAGGUCUCAGCGGCAACAUUCGACAAUCGCCCACCUCGGAUCGGGGCUUCAAUUUCAACGCAGCCCUCACCAAGGAGAUCAAGACAGAAGACACCUCCUUCGAGCAGCAGAUGUCCAAAGAAGCUUUCUCCUCUUCUUCAUCGUCCAACUCGCUGACCCUGAGCACAGCCUCCAGCCUCCUUCCCUCGGGCGGAGGACUCAGCCCCAGCACCACCCUGGAACAAAUGGACUUUAGCGCCAUCGAUUCCAACAAGGAUUACUCGUCGGGGUUUAACCAAGCGGUGCAGAGUCCACAUGUCCACCAAACGCCUUCCCCGAGCUUCUUCCUUCAAGAUAGCAAAGCGCUCCCUCUGGAGCAAAACGCCCACAGUAGCCUGAGCGACGCGAGCAGCUCUUUCGUCACCCCUCUGGCCCUCCCCAGUGUCAAGACAGAGGCCUCCUCCCAGAACACCUCCAACUGCAACGGCACAGUGGAGGCCCGGAUUGAGUCCACCUCUUCGCUCCAACUCAUGCAGUUCCAGGCCAACUUCCCGUCCAUCACGACCGAAGGGGAGGUCCCGAUGGAGACCUCGCCGCAGGCGGAAGGGAACGAGAAUCUGCUCAAAUCAGGGGAGCUCCAGUCCUGCGGGGCCGAGCACUACAUGCAGCCCGAGGCCAACAGUAGCUUGAGGAACGGGGGCAACCUCCCCAUCCUCCAGGGGAACAUGGUGCAGGGUCUCUACCCCGUGGCCCACCCGAGCUUGAACAACUCGUCCAACAUGGAGCUCAGCUUGGACCACUUCGAUAUCUCCUUCAGCAAUCAGUUUUCUGACCUGAUCAACGAUUUCAUUUCGGUGGAAGGGGGCGGCAACGCCCUGUACGGGCACCAGCUGGUCUCUGGGGAGAACGCCGGGCUGCCCCAGACCGAGGAGGGCAGCCGGGCAACCUAUGGCCAGGCCGAGAUGUGCAUUCCUUGCUGCAGCCCGCAGCAAGCGAACCUGAAUCUCGGUAGCACGGAGAACGGGGCCAGCCCGAUGACCUACAUGCACGUCACCGAGGUGGUCUCGGCAGCGGCCGCUGCAGCCCAAGGCACCCUGGGCAUGCUCCAGCAGAGCGGCCGGCUCUUCAUGGUGACCGAUUACUCCCCCGAGUGGUCGUAUCCUGAGGGCGGUGUGAAGGUCUUGAUCACCGGAUCCUGGCAAGAAGCCAGCAAUAACUACAGCUGCCUCUUUGACCAGAUCUCCGUGCCGGCCUCGUUGAUUCAGCCAGGGGUGCUGCGUUGCUAUUGCCCAGCUCACGACACGGGCCUCGUCACUCUGCAGGUGGCUUUCAACAACCAGAUCAUUUCCAAUUCGGUGGUUUUCGAAUACAAGGCCCGGGCAUUGCCAACCCUUCCUUCUUCUCAACAUGACUGGCUCUCCCUGGAUGAUAACCAGUUCAGGAUGUCUAUUCUGGAACGACUUGAACAGAUGGAGAGAAGGAUGGCGGAGAUGACCGCAUCCCAGCAGCACAAGCCAAGCGGGGGCAACAGCGGCGCCAACGGAGGUAGCCAAGCACAGUGCAUCUCCGAGGCCGCCAGCUUGGGCACCUGCUUUGAGAGCCGGGUUGUGGUGGUGUGCGAGAAGAUGAUGAGCCGAGCUUGCUGGGCCAAAUCCAAGCACUUGAUCCACUCCAAGACUUUCCGGGGAAUGACUCUCUUGCACCUCGCGGCUGCCCAGGGCUACGCUACCCUCAUCCAGACGCUCCUCAAAUGGCGCACCAAACACGCCGACAGCAUCGACCUGGAACUGGAAGUUGAUCCGCUGAAUGUCGACCACUUUUCCUGCACGCCGCUGAUGUGGGCCUGCGCUCUGGGUCACACAGACGCCGCCGUGGUCCUCUACAAGUGGGACCGCCGGGCCAUCUCCAUCCCCGACUCGCUCGGGAGGCUCCCGCUGACCAUCGCCCGCUCCCGCGGCCACGUCAAGCUGGCCGAGUGCCUUGAGCAGCUGCAGAGGGAGGAGCAGUCGCAACUCCGGCCGUCCCCUCGCCUCCCCUGCCCCUCGCAGGAAGAGCCCAGCGGCGAGAACUGGACGGCCCAGUGGCCCAGCAAAAUCAUCGCCUCUCAGGACCAGCAAAAGGGCAUCACCGUCAUCUCCAACUCCAACACCGAACUGCGACGUCCUCGGUCCGAACCGUCCAGUUACUACAGCAGCGAGAGUCAGAAGGAUUACCCAGCGCCCAAAAAACACAAACUGAACCCCGAUUACUUCUCCACGAGGCAGGAGAAGCUCCUGUCCACCGCCCUGAGCCUGGAGCAGCCCAGCGGCCGGAAGCCCACCCCCGGCGCCAAGCCGUCUCUGUCCGAGACAAUCAGCCCCAGGCACGGGGCCCAGGACUACACCCGGGAGCUGGUCCCCAACUUGAUGGGCUACCGCAGCACCAAGUGGGCGCCGAAGGAGACCUACCUGGGCAUGCCGGGCGUGCAGGUGACCGGCAGCCCUGCAGGAGUGGCCUUGGGGAAGGACUCCGGAGCCCAGCGGCUGCAUCAGCGAGAACAGAUGAGCGUGCUCAUGAUGGCCGACAGGGACGUGGCCGAGGUGGAACUGCUGUCCUUCCGCGGUGCCUCCCAGGGGGAAGAAUGCCUGCACCACAUGGAUGAUUUGCAGGUCACCAUGAUGACCCUGGCCGAGCACAUCAUUGAAGCCACCCCGGAGAGGAUCAAGCAGGAGAAUUUUGUGCCGGCCGAAGAGGCCUCCCAAGUGGAACGGACGGACAGGGCCGCCCUUGGCACCUCGAUGAGCUGGCUGGCCGGUUACCUGGCCGACGUCGACCGCUUGCCCAGCGCUGCUCAGAUAAGAAGUCUCUACGGCGGAUGCCUGACCCCCUCGCCCCACUCCAGCCUCAGCCCCUCCAGCUCGCCGGUCAGUGAGAUGGCUUUUGAGAAGCCCAGCCUCCCUUCGGCCACCGACUGGUCCGAGUUCCUAAGCGCCUCCGCCAGUGACAAGGUGGAAAACGAGUUUGCACAGCUGACUCUCUCCGACCACGAGCAAAGAGAGCUCUACGAAGCUGCCAAGCUGGUCCAGACGGUCUUCAGGAAAUACAAGGGGCGUCCCCUCCGGGAACAACAGGAAGUGGCCGCAGCCGUCAUUCAGCGUUGUUACCGGAAAUACAAGCAGCUUACUUGGAUAGUCUUGAAGUAUGCACUUUAUAAGAAGAUGAUCCAAGCUGCCAUCUUGAUCCAGAGCAAAUUCCGAAGCUAUUACGAGCAGAAGAAAUUCCAGCAGAGCCGAAGAGCAGCUGUCCUCAUCCAGCAAUUUUAUCGCAGCUACAAAGAAUUCGGCAAGAAGAGGCAAAACCGCCGGACCGCGGCCCUCGUGCAGCAGAAGCUCAGAAGCAGCCUGCUCACCAAGAAACAGGACCAAGCUGCUCGAAAGAUCAUGCGGUUCUUACAGCGCUGUCGCCACAGCCCUCUCAUGGACCAUAGACGGUACAAAAGGGCACUGAUGACGUUUCCUAGUCUGGUCAUGAAAAGUCCACAGAAGAGCAACCAAGCUCAGAGAACAUCAGGAACCCAGUCGUUCAACUCUGAGCAUCUAAAAUUGUCAAGGGACAACUAGCGAAAGACUCGAAAAAGGAACUUGAAGAACGAGACCCCGGUGACGGCAGCAUCCCAUAGGAGCGCAAGGGGGGGGGGAGCUGUUGUGUUUUCAGACUGUUUCCAUUUUUUUUUCUGUUUUCAGCAGAAACAUGCAACGACAAUUUCAACAAAAAAAAUGAUUUUGAUUAUUUAAAAAAACAGAACAAAAAAAAAAACACUUGACUGCUGCAGCCGAGAAAAUAUCGGCUGUAGGAUUUUAACGGUAAUGUUUAGUCAUUACAUUUGCACUUUCACGGACAAUUUUUAAUUUGUUCAGCAAAAGGCAUCUUUGGAACUCAACUCUUUGAUUGGAUCAUCGGGGGUGGGGUGGGCUGGUGGGGAGGGGGGGGAGAAAAGAGCGACACCCGGAAGGCGUUUUUUUCCCAUGAGUUUUCUUUCAUUCCUCUUCGAAAGGAGUCACGACAAAGCAAUCGAUUUUAUCAUGAUGGGUUGUUGUUGUUUUGGGGUUUUUUUUGGUCAUAUAGGGCUGUACUCAAAAAAAAACAACAACGAAAAAUCCAUGUUGUGGAACUGUACAAAUACAAUACCAAAAAAAAAACCAAAAAAAAGAAAGAAAAGAGAAAAAAAAAUUGCGCAAAAACCACCCACCCUCCCCACGAAUCCGAGAACGGCAAAAAUUCUGUCGCCCCCCCCCCCUUUUUUUUUUUCCAAGACACAUUGUGAAUUUUGUCCUUUGGGAAUCUCUCGGAUCACUUUCUGUCUCGCCUGCUCAUUCCACCUCCAUCCCUUUCGCUCGUCCAUCUUUCCGUUCUUUGUCGAGAACCAACAAAAGGCCGUCAAGGCUGCCACCCUUUCGAUCGGCUUUAUUUUUUUCACAAAGAUAUUCCCCCCCCCCACCCAAUUUUUGUUUUAAUUUUUCCAGGAAGCAUCAGUGUUUUUUAAGGCAAACGGGUAUUUAAUGCGGGGUGGGGUUAGGGUGCCGAGAGAGAAUUGGGGUGAACAGCUCAAGCAAACUGUUCCUUUAUUGGUGUCUUUUCUCUCUCUCUCUGGAAAGCCUUCAAGUCUAUCAACUGCCAUAUGCACUUCUCAUGUUUCGCACUUUAUUUUCUGGCCUUACUUCACAUAAGAUUUUUACUUAUUUAAUUGCGAUGAUUUGUAAAGCAUUUUUGGUAACGUUGCAGACCUCUCGUCCGACUUAAGUCAAGUGCAGGGUUUGCUAAUUGGACAGGACUGAUCACCGAAGGGAGAACUGUGGUGCUGCGUUCCGCCCAGUAAAAUUUAUUCUUUUGGCUACUUCAUCAAAAACCAACCAACCAACCAACAAACAAACAAAAAGAAGGAAGAGAAAGAAAGAAAGAAAGAAAGAGAAAGAAAGAAAGAAAGAGAAAGAAAGAAAGAAAGAAAGAAAGAAAGAAAGAAAGAAAGAAAGAAAGAAAGAUCAAAAUCUAGGCAGUUUCUGUAUAUAGAGAGAAGGUUAGAAAUGGCAAUGAAACAUAAAUAUUUGAAGGGGAAUAUAUUGAUUAAUUGCUAAAUAUUUUAUUCACAAAGGGUCAAUAACUUGGCAAGAGAAAUUUGCGUAUUUGUAUAGUUUUGUCUGAAUGAACGAGAAAAAAAAGUGUGGAUGUUUGUACAUAUUGUAUAUAUUAAAACAGAUGUGCAUGAAUUCAAGGAGAAAAGAAAUGAAAAAAAAGCAAAGCAUUAGUGGCUUAUGGUCUGUAAAAUGAAACAAAAACUUUAUUUCACUAUAAGAAACUUUAUUUUAAAUGUUCUUUAGAAGAACAUUUUGCUAAAGCAUGAAUAAACUGCAGAAGCAAAAAGAGCUAAUGUAUUUAGACUUAGGAAAAAAAGGCAAAGUAACAUUACUUUAAAAAAGAGAUAUGUUUACAUUUGAUUUUGGCUACCAGGAGUUUUUAAAUUUCUUUUAACCUUCUUGGUUAUCUUUUUUUUAAAAAAAAUUAUUUUGUUUCUUAUUCUAUUUAAUUUCUCUCUUUUUUUUUGCCAAUGGUGCCAAGUAAAGUGAAUGCUAAUAUUGCUUAACGAAAAAAAAAUUAAGUUAUUUUGCAAAGCAGAUAAUCAUAAGAAUUCAAAAUUGUAUCUAGAUUAACACCAUACACUCACUCCGAUAAAGAACACUUAGAAUGAACAUAAAACUUUAAAAAAAAAUUAAAAAAAUAAAAAGAAAUAGUACGAAAGUAGAAAAAAAAAGUUUCACAUGUCCAUAUUUCCUGCUGAAAGUCAGACGAUGUACUAAAAAUUGCACAAAAAAUUUUUAAAGUUUAAAACUGAAAAAAAGAGAGAGAAUAAUAAUAAUAAAAAGAUGCAAAGGAUAUGUAGGGGUGUCAUGGUAUAUUUGCUAUUUCCAGCGAGAAAGAGAGAGAAAGAGAGAAAGAGCAGCCAAAGAAAACUCUUCAAAAUUCAUCCUUUUUUUGACAAAUUUAAAUGCAGUUCGCUGGGAGACCUUGGCACUGUGUGGUUGCAGGCGAGGAAGCUGGAGUCCUCGCUUUGGCUUCCUGAGGUCUUGCGUCGCUUGCUGGGACCAGUUGGCCUUCUGGAAAGCAAAUUGGAUCUUGCAUGAUCCCAGUUUCCAGAUUCAAAUGUUCUAUUUGUCUCUGGAGGGCUGGUUGUGAGGACAGGUGAGUCCUCGCCCUUCUGCAAAACAUCGCUCAACCUGCAAACGGGGAGACCUCUGGCUUGGCCUGGGAUCCUGGUGCCUUCUCUAGCCUUUGCGAUUGUUUCCCUCCCUCCCUCUCUCUCUCUCUCUCUCUUUUGAACCACUUCCGUUCACUGCCAGGACCGACCGAGACCCCAGGGGGUUGUGUGGUUGUCUUGCCGUACACGCUCGCUGCUCUGCGGCGGUGGUUGGCCAUUUCAACCCGCAAAACGAAUCGAUCCAGAAUCCUUAAACCCCUCCACCCCACGCUGAAGCCACAUCAACCACUAUGUCAGGGACCUUCUUCAGAUGCUCCCUCAACCCUCUCUGGAUAGCGGCAGAGACUCCAGUGUCUACUAGGAUUGCCACAACAUCUGAAGAAGGUCCUUCAUGUGUGGCUGACCAGACAGAGGAGAACCCCCAACUUUGGCUGAGCGUUAGCUACUACCUUCCUUUGGAUGGACGUGGCUUUUCCUGCCCGUAAGGUUGACCUCAGGAGUGAUUGGCAAGCCAGGGUCCUGUUGGCCAGAGAGAGUUGUAGCAUCUCAAGGUGUCCCACCAUCAUUCCUUCCAGAUCCAGACUUGACCGGUGGGCAGCCUGUCUUGUGGUGGACCAUAGGCUGCCUGCAAGGCGAGUUGACCGCAGGCCCCAUGCACCACCACCCGUGCCCAUGUCCCAGUUUUGUGGAAUUGGUGCCACUCUCUUUGGGCCCGUUCGAUGACUGUGUCAUGCUUCGGGGCAUGUCCCUCCUUGCAGGACUCCGUUGUCAGGAUGGUGCCUCAGGUCCCCUCCUGUCCUGAAAACCAGAUUGGGGAACCCUCUUGUGUCCCCCCCACACACACAAACAAAAUCCGGAAUUGCUCCAUUGUGUGACUUCGCUUGUGUGAAACGAAGGACUCUGCACGAACGAAAUGCAGAAUAUAACAUGAACCCCCUCUGUUGCACGCUUUCGUGGCAGUUCCACACCAUAGUUGGUGCCCAAAACGGAGGUGGGGGGGAAGGGGAAUCCCUGAGACUUGCAUGUAAACCUAGUUAUAGAUGUCUCCUUUUGUAAGUUUUAUUUUUGUAACUCUGCAUGUUAAAAAGCAUCACUGAACCAAUGGAUCUGUUGAAGAACUCAACUGCUGGAAAUCAUGCAAAAUGUUUUGAAUUGCCCUUAAAAUAUGGAAAAUGUUUUCUGAAUGCUUUAUAUUCUUUCUGCUGUAAAUUAAAAAAGAAAAAGAAAAGAAAAAGAAAA